UUAUUGUAUUCUCAUGUUUAUUGGGACACCCUGUAGAGGAUCUGAGGUGCAGGUAGAACAGUUGUAUUAUUGUAUUCUCAUGUUUAUUGGGACACCAUCUAGAGGAUCUGAGGUGCAGGUAGAAAAGUUGUAUUAUUGUAUUCUCAUGUUUAUUGGGACACCCUGUAGAGGAUCUGAGGUGCAGGUAGAACAGUUGUAUUAUUGUAUUCUCAUGUUUACUGGGACACCCUGUAGAGGAUUUGAGGAACAGGUAGAAAAGUUGUAUUAUUGUAUUCUCAUGUUUAUUGGGACACCCUGUAGAGGAUCUGGGGUGCUGGUAGAACAGUUGUAUUAUUGUAUUAUCAUGUUUAUUGGGACACCCUGUAGAGGAUCUGAGGUGCAGGUAGAAAAGUUGUAUUAUUGAAUUCUCAUGUUUAUUGGAACACCCUGUAGAGGAUCUGGGGUGCUGGUAGAACAGUUGUAUUAUUGUAUUAUCAUGUUUAUUGGAACACCCUGUAGAGGAUCUGAGGUGCAGGUAGAAAAGUUGUAUUAUUGUAUUAUCAUGUUUAUUGGGACACCCUGUAGAGGAUCUGAGGUGCAGGUAGAAAAGUUGUAUUAUUGUAUUAUCAUGUUUAUUGGGACACCCUGUAGAGGAUCUGAGGUGCAGGUAGAAAAGUUGUAUUAUUGUAUUCUCAUGUUUAUUGGGUCACCCUGUAGAGGAUCUGAGGUGCAGGUAGAAAAGUUGUGUUAUUGUAUUGAUACAUUGUCAGAUUUUACUCGGCCACUCACCACUCACCUGCAGCCUCCAGGUAAAAUGUCGCGGGGCUCCUCGUUUAAUCAAGAGGCGACAGAAUUUUAUAAAUCUUCGAAGCCAAUACUGCAACAGUUGACAAAUCUACGUAUUGUGUUGGAGACGAGUCUACUGAAGGUCCUAGAACUAAGAAAAAAGCAGAGAGGUCCAGUAUCUAGAGGCGAAUUACAAGGGAUAGAUAUAGUUUCCCCUAUAAAGCUUCUCAGUGAGACAGUGAAGAGUUUAGAUGCAGUUCUGGAGAAAUUUACAAAAUUAGGAAAACAAGAAAAACAAUGCAGUUCGUCACUUUUCUUUAGAGCCAGGUAGGAGACAGUCGUCUUUAUUCUUCAGAGCCAGGUAGGAGACAGUCGUCUUUGGUAUUCAGAGCCAGGUAGGAGACAGUUGUCUUUAUUAUUCAGAGCCAGGUAGGAGACAUUCGUCUUUAUUCUUCAGAGCCAGAUAGGAGACAGUUGUCUUUAUUCUUCAGAGCCAGGUAGGAGACAUUCGUCUUUAUUCUUCAGAGCCAGGUAGGAGACAGUUGUCUUUAUUAUUCAGAGCCAGGUAGGAGACAGUUGUCUUUAUUAUUCAGAGCCAGGUAGGAGACAUUCGUCUUUAUUCUUCAGAGCCAGGUAGGAGACA